AUGCAAGGAGAAAUAAAGUUCUACUAUGGUUCGGAACUUCUAAGUUUAGCACAGUGUUUACCUCGUGGGCACAAUUGCAUUUGGAAAAUUAAUGACCAAGAAAUCCGAUGCAGCAGUACAAAUCUUGCAUUAUUUGGUGAAUUUUUUGCGAAUAGAUUUAAAUUGGAUGCGACACAGUCGGAAUUUGAAACAGACUGCACUAUAUUCCCAGAAUCAAUUGAAGUUAUACGACAAAUUAUUGAUCAACCAAAAUUUAAAAAACAAUUGAAAAUUCAAAUCGUCAAAGAUCUGUUUGAAAUAGGUAGAAUUAUCAAAAAUAGGAAGCUGAUGAAGCCUUACUCAAAAUAUUUAGAUACUCUCGAUAGUUCUACACCAGAAAUAUUGGAAGAAAAAUUUAAAACAAAUUAUAUACUUGGAAAAGAUACUGGGUAUUACAUUAAUCAAUUUGCACUUAAUUUCAGCAAGUAUAAUACCGAUAACCUUGUUCCAUUUUUAUUAAAUUUGGAUUUUGAUACAGUUGAACAAAUUUUCACAAAUGAAAAUCUCUGUAUCGAUGAGGAGGAACAACUACUUAGUGUAGUAUUAUCAUUAUCCAAUUUUGAUAAAAAAUAUUUUAAUUUGAUCAAAUAUAUCGAUUUUAGGUGCAUUCCGAAGAUUUAUAUGGACGAUCUUAAGGGAUUCAUUAUAAAUAACUACAGAACCAACGAACUUCUUCCAUUUCUUGAAUCAAUUUUUGAUAUUUAUGAUUCAGAGAAAAAAUACAUUCAUAAAACAGAAAAACAACAAGAAGCUGAAAUGAUAUCAACUGAAUACAUCGAUCCAGGCAGAAUGGUUGUCAUGAAUGGCCUUGCAACAUCAAAAUUGGAUAAUGGAACAAGAAUUGAUCCUUUUCCAUCAAAUACAAUAAUCAGAUCAUCAAGUCGUGGUAGUGCUGUAGCUAAUAUUACAUUGUCUUUUGGUUGCUUGGCUCCAAAAAGCUACUACGUGGGUUUGACUGAUGAUUUUAAACCAAAAUCAUGGAAAUUGGAAGGAAAACCAGUUAAUUCUGAUGAUAAUCAAUUAGUAAAACUCCAUAAAGUGGAUAGAGUCGAAAGAGAUGGAUUGUUUACUUUAAAUUUAGAUAGAAAACUAAAAAAGUUGAAAUUUAGCUCAUUCAAGCUUACAAUGCUCACAGAUAAUUCUAGCCUUAUAGAAAUUAAGACUUUUGAUAUAAUUGGAACUUUUUCAUACUAA